CUCUCCACGUAUUGUCAGUUCAACUGAUAAUAUUGCUGAGUCGAUAAAAGUAAUGGCUUACUUCAUGUAAUUUGUGAAAAAAAAUCACGAAAAUCUACAAAUAUGGAAACAGCAAAGCCGUGUGUUUCUCAAAAUGAAUUUGUAACUGUACCUACGACAGAUGCCGAAAAUUUCGAAACUCGAGAAACGAAACGCAACGAAACAACUUGCGGAAUUGGAACUUGGAAACCAAAAUGGUUACAAUGGUUUGCGACGCAACAGCAUUACAUCGUCAUCUAUUGUAUUUUGAGUAUCCUACAAGGUGCAUAUUUUACUUAUUUCAUUGGCAUUAUAACAACUUUAGAAAAAAGAUUUUCUUUCAAGAGUAGAAUUAGUACUUCCAUUCUGAUUGCCAACAAUAUUAGUCCUAUAUUGAUUUGUCUGGUAAUUAAUUUCUUUGAAGUAAAAAAUCAUCGUCCGAAAUGGAUCGCCGGAAGUACCAUGGUUACAGUUGUUAGUUGUUUUAUGAGUAUUUUCCCUUAUUUCAUUUAUGGUAAAGGUACCUUCAUGUUAAAUUCAGGAAACUCUUCUUAUUCUGCGUAUGACUUAACUGAUUAUGAUUUAUGUGAAGCAAAUCCUCAAAGAAGUGAAAAUUGCAAUAAAAUAAAUCAUUUUACAACUGAAUCAGUAGUGGUAAUAUUUUUCUUGGCAAGUUUUCUUGAAGGAAUUGGAUCGACUGUGUUUUAUGCUCUUGGAACACCAUACUUGAGUGACAAUGUCAAAAAGAAGGAUUCUUUAUAUUUCGAUUCUGUAUAUUCGUUAAAAAUAUUUGGCCAAUGCUUAGGUUUUAUUCUGGCUUCUAUCUGCUUAAGAUAUUUUGAAAAUCCUUCAUAUGAUCCCGGCUUUGAUAAUUAUGAUCCAAGAUGGAUAGGUGCUUGGUGGAUGGGUUUUCUUGUUUUGGCUUUAUUGUUAUUAACUUUUUCCUUUCCCAUGUUUUUAUUUCCUAGUCGCUUAGCAGGUGGUAAAGUAAUUAUGCAAAAUCAAAUAAUUCCUUCUACUAUUACAAAGGUUAAAGAAAUGUACCAAAGUCUGAAACGUUUAUCAAAAAAUCCUCUUUUGGUUUGUCAUACUUUUAGUAUGAUAUUUUAUUUGAUGGGAAGUUUUGGUUAUUACAUAUUUAUGCCAAAGUAUAUCGAAAGCCAAUUUCAACAAAGUGUUUUCACUGCAAUUUUUUUUGCAGGAUCAACCUCCAUUUUAUCUUAUUUGGUAGGAAUUCUGGGAGGAUGGUACUUAAUUUAUAAAUUUUAUUCAAAACCAAGGAAAUUUGUUAGAUGUACGGCAAUUAUGCAAAUAUUUACACUUAUUGGAUUUAUAAUGUUAAUGAUUUUUGGCUGUCACAAUAUAAAAAUAUCAGGAAUUUCUGAAAAUCCAUAUGAUUCAUUAUUCAACGAUUGUAAUAAAGAUUGUGAAUGUGAUAAAACUAUAUUUAAACCAAUUUGUGAUACAGAUGGAAUAUCAACUUAUUUUUCGCCCUGUUUUGCUGGCUGUAGUGGAAUAAAUAACACAAUUUAUCCUUUAGUUUAUACGAAUUGCAAGUGUCUCUAUGACGACAAACAACGUCUAGCACCUUCCAAUGCAACAGAUGGCUUUUGUUCUUCAAACUGUAAUAUGUUUUUAACAUAUAUCAUUAUUUUAAGUUUAAGUAUGAUAAUAUCAUCUACGGCACGUUUUGGAAAUUCUUCAAUAAUGUCGAGAUGUAUGGAACCAAAAGAUAAAAGUUUAGCUGUUGUUACCGUAGAAACUGUUUUACCUUCCUUGGCUUUUAUAUUUUAUCUGUUAAUAUUUGGAUCUAUAACCGAUUCAACUUGUUUAAUCUGGAAAGAAGAAUGUAGUAGAGUCGGAAAUUGUUGGUUCUACGAUUUCGAUAAGUUUCGCUAUUAUCUUCAUGCAAUAUCAGCUUCAUUAAUAUUAAUUGGCGUAAUUUUUGAUCUUGCUGUUUAUUUUAUGAGCGAGAAAGGAGGAUUUUAUAACGUUAGUAAUGAUUUGCCUCCAGUCGACUUAUCGAAACUUCCUAUUGAGAACGAAGAGGAAGAUGUAAUAUAUUCCAAAAUUCCGGAAUACCAAAAGACAGCAGAAUGGAAAUGAUCUAAUUAACAUAAUUCCGAAUUCAUUUGUUGUAUCUGAUAUAUAAUAAAUCUUUAGAAUUAU